UAGACGCUUUUCUUUUGAGUUAAUUUAUGCCGAGUGUACAAUUAAUGAGUGCCUGCGUAUCAAGCGUCCUACGCUGCCUGAGUAUCAUAUUAUAACUCGCGCCUUCCCGCCUGCAAGUAACUCCAUUUAUAUUGCCAAUCUCUGCUCAUUUCAACAUCCAAAAUUCCGGAGCUGGUCGAGAAAACCUUCCCUCGGAUUGGAGAAAUUCGGGAGUGCAAAGUAUCAAAGGUAGUAGACAUGGCAAGUGUAACAGUCUGUGCUCGCUUCAGACCUUUUAGUUCAAAAGAAAAGAAAGAUCAUGGCGACAGUGUUUGCAUACGGAGCUUAGAUACCGACUCUUUUGUGUUCAAGGAUGUGAAGCAAGGAGAUUUGACGUUUUGCUUUGAUAGGGUAUUCUAUCAGCACUCUUCUCAAGAUGAUGUAUAUCAAUUUCUAGCUCUGCCUAUAGUUCGGGAUGCCAUUAAUGCAAUAAAUGGAACAAUCAUUACUUAUGGACAGCCUGGAGCUGGGAAGACAUACAGCAUGGAGGGCCCAAGUAUGUCGGAGUGUGAUGGACAGAAAAAAGGAAUACUUCUGCGAGUUGUAAAUGGGCUUUUCAACUGCAUAACAUUUGCCAAUGACAGAUCCAAGUACAUAGUCAAAUUGUCAAUGGUGGAGAUCUAUAUGGAGAAAGUAAGAGACCUUUUUGAUUUAUCAAAAGAUAAUCUACAGAUUAGGGAGGGCAAGACACAAGGAAUAUUUCUUUCGGGAGCAACUGAGAUAUGUAUCAUGGAUGCUGCAGAAGCUUUGCAAAAGCUUUCUGUUGGGGUUGCUAAUAGGGCAGUUGGAGAGACACAAAUGAAUAUGGCCAGCAGCAGAAGUCACUGCGUUUAUAUAUUUUCAGUCCUUCAAGAAUCUACAAAUGAUGGAAGGGUGAAAACUGGAAAACUUGUCCUUGUCGACCUGGCUGGCUCUGAGAAAGUCAAGGAAAAAACCUGUGCUGAGGGAAGAGUUCUUGAAGAAGCAAAGACUAUCAAUAAGUCCCUCUUUGCUCUUAGCAACGUAAUUAAUGCUCUGACGAAUGGCAAAAUGAACCACAUUCCAUACCGUGAUUCGAAGCUUACGCGCAUCCUACAAGAUGCUCUGGGUGGGAACUCUCGCACCGCGGUUCUGUGUUGCUGCUCUCCGAGCUCCUUAAAUGCAUCAGAGAGCCUGUCUACCCUUCGUUUUGGUGCUAGGCAUGUGUACAGACCAGUUAAAAGUUGCAAUUCUAUAAUACAAAAAUAAAACUAACUGUCAUUUUGUCUAUGUAUUUUGCAGAGCGAAGCAUGUAAGGAUGUCACUAUGAGUUAGUAGCAAUGAGGAUAAAAGGGAAGUGAAGCCAGUCACCCACUGUCAAACUAAUAAAAGUGAAUCUUUUCCAGGUCCCGAAUUCUCCCAAUGUUGAUCUCGGAUCAAAGAAGCUUCUGGAUGGCCUGAUCAAGAUCGCAAUCGAGCCGUUGGAUCGUCUGCCAGAAGAGCAGGACAGGUUUUACGGGCUUCUCCAAGCGAAGGUAUGGAUCCGGUUACUCUGUGUUUUCAUGUGGAUCGUUUUGGUGUCAGUCGUCAUGGAUCGAGAUGCCCGAACUGGGAUGGGAUUUCCUGGCAUGCCGCCUCCUACAUGACGGUUUCUAGGGACGGCACGUGCGUUGCAUGUGAGACGGAGGCCAAAAUGAGAUGACGCAGCCAUUAAAAAAACAGACAAUUGCUACAAUGCUCAGUUACUGCUGUUGAUGAUUACUACUGAAUAUUUUGGCCAGGCAUUGGUGAAAAAUGCAACAGAUGCUAUUCUGAGUAUUCCACGGGGUUGGCACUAGGCAGAACAUGCUAAAAUGCCAUUUGCUUAAACUUUGGUUUUGUAAGACUAGUUAUGUGGAGUGUUACUCUCAGUAUUUUGUGCUGUUUGGUCUGUUUGCAAUGGAUUCCUAUUACUUUUC